ACAACAAAGGGCGCUUUCUCUGCCUUCUCGCUGGGACCGUCACCCAGGCGCAGGCUCACCCUGCGGAUACUAACCAUAACAGCAGCAGCAACAACAUCGCCUCUUGGAUAUCCACGACCACCAGAUUACUCGACAACAACCCGACCGACCCCGACCUCACCGCCUUCGAACCCGCGUCGCAUCAAUCGGAAAUCAGAAACAGGCCACCACCAAACCUCAGACGACUCACCACGACAGCGGAAUCGCCCAGCCCCCAGUCACGACUGUACCACUAAAUCAACGACGUCAAGCGACCACGUCAAGACGACCGAACCACCAACAAUACCAAGAUGGCGCAUUCAGACACCGUCCCUUCUUCACCCCCUGGACCCAGCUCCUCACUUGAAGAGUCACUGAAAUACUACAAAGCACAAUACGAACUGCUCGAGGCCGAACUCGCAGAUUUUCAAGCCUCUAGUAAAGACCUAGAAGCGGAACUUGAGCGGGACAUCGACGCAUCAGAGAAACGCGAGCGCCAACUGAAAGAAAGAGCGGCCAAUCUCCAAUAUGAGGUCGAGGAAUGGAAGACCAAAUACAAGCAAUCCAAGACCGAAGCGUCCAACGUCCAAAAUACGCUGCAAAAGGAGAUCAGGGAACUCCGGGAGACAAACCGAGAACUAAAUCUGCGCCUUCGCGACACCGAAGUCGCCAAUGACGACUACGAGCGCAAACAACGGAACACUGAGUCUUCUCUUGAAGACAUGGAACAGAAAUACAAUCAGACUAUCGAACGGAGCGUAAUGUUGGAGGAAGAGCUGCGUUCGGGAGAGCAGGAGAGAGAAGCCCUGCGGAUUGAAGCGCAAAGACUGCGCGACGAACUCUCUGACCUUAAGAUCGAGACCGACAUCACCAAAGAGAAGCUGCAGAAGGCUGUGGAUCAACUUGCCCGGCGAGAAAAGCACCUGUCAUUGCAACCCAUUGCCGUAUCCGCCUCUCCUCGUUCAGACCUGUCUCCCACUACAACGAAUGCAUCGUCACCGACCUUCGACACACCUCCAACAAAGGCCGGCUCUUCGUCAGGCCUGUCAGACACACCAACUCCUCCAUCCCCUCCAAUCUCGGAGAAGUCAAGUCAAGUUUCCAAACCUUUUGUCACGCCAGGAAUCCCAAGAACGCGACAGUCUCUAACUGCCAAUGGCCCGACAUCUCGCCCAUCCACUUCAGGAUCUACCGCGGCGAGGCCGGUCGGUCACGCUCGCGGUCCUUCGAUCCCAGCGUUGGCACGAACGGCACCUUCAUCAUCAUUCCGCCAGAGCCUGUCGAGGCCUGGAAACGCUCCGCAACGGCCGUCAGGGCUGCCCCAGUCGGCGUCCAUCAUCCAUCUCAGAAAUCUCCGCGGCAAAAUUGCGACAUUGGAAGAAAGGGUUCAGACUGCCCGGUCAAAACUUCCAGCUCCUGUACGCACUCCACCCCGAUCUUCACCACGAAGUGGUUCAGCACUGGGCAAUCACAUCCCUGCAUCUGUCACUGUCCGCAGUCGGAAAAGGACAGGGGGCAGUACAAUUAGCGGUAACGACUCUUUGAUGGAGAAGGUGCAAGAGACGCCGUCUGUACCAAGAACGAAAGCAAGUCGAUCAUCAUUGAAUCAGCAACCCCCAUCCCCUACCAGAACCGAUUUUUCGAUACCCAGACCCAAGACUAGUCGACCGUCGCUAAACCAGCAACCACCUUCCCCAACUAGGGGUGAAAUGGCCGCCCCGCCACUUCGCCCAGCUUCACGAACAAGCGGGAUCACAUCGGCACGAUCGUCUUUUGCACCAUCACACAGCCGUCCAGGAAGCCGAGCUAGUGUCUCUGGCUUCCCUCGGGCGCCACUGGGUAGCGGCGUAGGGGGCAAUUUCACACCAAACGCAUCCACAGACCGAGUCCGGCCUAAGAGCAGCCUGAGUAAUUAUGGAAGCGGCUAUGAUGGCACUAUGGACGAAGAGAGCGAAAACAGUCUCAACCAGUAUGAGAACGAUUCUGGAAUCACUCCAGUCCCCAGAAGAGCGACCUUUGCUCGGGGACGCAGCAGUGAUGUGGGCUCUGGAAUCCCAAGUCCGACCAAACGGGCCAGCAUUGGUGGGACUUCGAAAUUGCCCAAGCGACAAAGCAUGGGUUUGAACGGGAAUAUAGCGGGAACGGGCCUGAAUAACGUACAGGAAGGGUACGACGUCAACGAGACUUUUUGAGCAUGAUUUGGUCUAUGCUGGAUCGACGGGUUCUUGGAAUAUGUCCCGACUCCUGCCGACCUGCAGGUAUUGUGAUGAUGAUGAAUUUUGGACAGUAUUGGCAUUGCAAGCAGAGACAGUUUUAAGUUGUGGUUUUGAUGAGCACCCCAGCGAGCGAUGCAUCCGAUACGAUGGACUUUGGGCGAGCAAGUGCAAUCCUACCAGAGUUGAUUAUGAUACCCUCGUUCGUUGCAAUGACAUUGACUUGGAAAGCUGGCAUCGGUGCUCUCCAAUAUCGUUAUGGAAGCACACCCUCAUCAUAAUGCUCAGCCUCGUCCUCAUAAUCGUCCCUAGAGAGAAUACCCCGUCUUC